AUGGUUUUCGAUACUUCCUCACCACCGGCUAGCUCAUCUUCAAACGAUCGAGUUGUAUCAUACGAUCGUAUGUUCAAUUCAUCACUUUCUUCAACCAUCGAACUUCCAUUGUCCGAUGAACGUGAAAUAUCACAAAUUGAAGAAGCAAAUAAACAUCAUCAACCAUCAAAAUGGAAGAUGAUGUCAAAACGACGGCCAAGUUGUGCAAAUGAUAUGUAUGCAACAGCUAGUCGUUAUCAUCGAUUAAAACCGACUACAACAAUAAAUCAAUUAGCAACAUCCGAAGAAACUUUAACAUCUAAUUCACAAUUUUAUUCAUCUUAUGAUAAAUGUCAUAAUAAAUUUUCUAAUGAUAAUACAAAAUAUUUUACAAAUCAAUCCGGAUUAAUAACAACACGUCGUUCAACAACUGAUUGUAAUGAUUUAACCAAUAUUAAUCGACGACCAUUAGAACAAAAAAAUAAUACAUUAUUAACAAUUGUCGAUGAAGAAUCAAGAGAUUCUAUUUGGCCAUCUUCAAAUAAUCAUCAUUUAUUAGUGCCUGUUUCAGGAUCUUCUCAUGCUCCUGAAUCAUCAUCUUCUUUAUCUAUGUUUUAUUCUGAUUCAUCGAGAACUCCAUGUUCAUCAAUAUCGUCUUUCAAUUCACGUUCGAACAGUAAUGAUCAUAAUACAUCACCAUCAUCAUCUCAAUAUUCAUCGUCAAUUUCAUAUUAUCAUAAUAUAUCUGAAACACCACAAAAUCUUUCAUCGGGUUAUGAAUCAAAUAUUCCAACAUCAGAUUCAUCAAUAAAUUCAAUAUCUGAUCAUUUAUUUCUUUCAUCACCAGAUUCUAUCAUUAUGCCUCCACCUCCAGUUCCAUCUCCAAAACUUCCAAUAAAUUCUGAUCGUAAUCUUGUUGAACAAUUUAUUGAUUUACAUCUUCAAAAACAAACAUCAUUUGAUCAAGAAAUUGUUUAUUCUCCUCCAUCUUCAUUUAGUUCAACAUCAAGUUCAUUUUUAUCUCAAGCACCCAUAUCAACAAUAAAUUCUCCUAUUUGUUGCCGUAAAUGUGUUAAUAAUGAUGAUAAAAAUCAAUUAUCAAGUGAUACAGAAGAUGAUUCACAAUCAACAACAAUCACAACUAAUUUAGUACCUUCACAACAACAAAAUAAACGACCUCGAAGUUUACCUAUUGCUAUACAACAACCGAAAGGUGUAACAAUUGAUAAUAAUAAUAAAAAUAGUCAUAAUCAUGACGACGAUGAUGAUGAUGACGAUGAAUCUGAUAAUAGUCUACAUAAUUCAUUACCUUGUCAUUGUUCAAUAGUUUCAUCUCGAAAGAAACGUUUUCGUACAUCUGAAUUUAAUCAUCAACCCAUAUUAAAUCCAGCUACAUCAGCAAAUGGAUUAUUUUCCGAAAAUACUUUAAUUACAACAACAGCUGAUAAAUUACAUAUUGAUUUAAAAGAUAUCGAUGAUCAAUCGACUAAUGAACAAUCAACAAUGAAACAACAAAAAAAUUCUUUAGAACAUUUUAUUAUGAGUCCAACAGAUAAAGUUAAAGUACAAAUGAAAUAUCCAUCAUUAAAUAAUGAUAAAGAAAGUGAUGUAAGAAGUAAUGAAUUAAAAAUAUCUCAACCUGAAGAUAUCGAUUUUAAACGAUCGAAACAAAAAGCAAUUCGUGUACUUUAUCAAAAUCGACUUAAUCUAAACAGUAUUCAAUCUCCGGUGCCACGUCAAAAUAAAAAUAUACUUCCAACGAGAACAGCAGCAACUCAUUGUGAUUCUCCUUUAGCUAAACGAACUGUUAAUCCACGUCUAUUUCGAAAUGUCCUUUCAUGUAGUGUAUUUGAAGCUGAUGAUGAACAUGAAGUAGUUUCAUCGACAACUAUUGCUAAUCAAGCCGGUGUUAAUGGGACACGUGAAAAGUCUCAUAUUGAAUCAUUCAAUUGUUUACGUAGCAAUUUUACCGAAUCAUUAUUACAUGGAAAAAUUCUUCCUUGUGGUAUACUUGAUGGGUUUACAGUUAAAUUAGGUGCAAGUGGACUUUUUAUGCCCAAACAAGUUGUUUUACCUGUGACGACAUUUUGGUUUAAUGUAUCUGAACAUCAAGCAGCAUCGCCUUAUCUCGGUUAUAUUAAUUUACAAUGCUUACCAAAACGUGGCUAUCAUACUCCAACAAAAGGCACAAUAACAUUAGCCUUAUUAAAUCCAAAUGGAACAGCUGUUCAUUUAUUUUUAAUAUUAUAUGAUUUAAGUGAUAUGCCACCUGAUCAUCGAACAUUUAUUCGUCAACGAAUUGUUGUCAUGCCAGAGAAUACUGAUGAUAAUAUAAAAAAUAAACAAUCAUCAUCAUCAAAAGGAAAUCUCAGAUAUUUAGCUCAUAUUCGUUUUGUAACAUCACAAACGGGCAAACUUUAUAUGCAUUCCGAUAUACGAUUAAUAUUUGCACGUAAUAAACUUGAUUAUGAUGAGCGAACAGCAGGCGGCAAAGCACAACUAGUGACAUUAACAGAUACACCAACGCCAAAAUAUUGGUCACGAAAAUAG